GGCCAAUGGAAUGGCCUUUGGGGCUCUUCCUGCCUGGCUUGCGGGGGGCUCCUGGAGGGGGUGCCAGUCGAGCAAGCCUGCAGUUGAAAGUUUCCCAGCUUUUUUUUCCCUGUGUGUGCAUUCUUGAGGCUCGGGCAAGUCCGCCCAGUGCUUCCUGGUAGGGUUUGCUGAAUGGGGGAGGGGCGGUGCAGGCAGCAACGGAAACCAGACAUCGGAGAUAAGAGUCUGCUCAGCUCCGUGCAACAGCCUUUCACUGCAGCUGAAUGAGUUGUGGUCAUCAUCAUAAUGCUCCUGUGACAAGGGACUGACAAGUUCAAUUUCCAAUCUUGGUCAUCUUGUCACAAUGAAUCCCACAAUGCCUUGGGCAAGCGGUCUACAGUCUGGUUGCCUCUGAAAAAAAUGUGAGAGGUUGGUACUAAGAAGUGCCUUUCCUGACGUCUCUGCUGCUUGGACCGCUCUGCUUUUGCCUUGCUUGCUGCCAGCUAGACUGCGACGACAUCACCUCCACCCUCCACCCUCCGCCUCUAGCCCAGACACCCCCAUUUCUACUUAGAAUCAAGAGAAAGCCUCUAAGUAUCUGGCAUUGCCUUAGGCUGCUUUAGUAGAAAGAGAGAGAUUGAGAGAGAGAGAGAGAGAGAGAGAGAGAGAGAGAGAGAGAGAGAGAGAGAGAGAGAGAGAGAGUGGGAAAAGUUUGCUGGAAAAAAAGUAAGAUUAUCUUCUGCCAGAAAAAUCAAGGAGGAAAAACAAACAAACAAACAAACAAACAAAAAUAAUUUCUCCAUUGUUGCUCUAAAGCUGCUGCAUCUGUCUAUGCCAAACUAAUCAAUACCAAUUGCACCACAGAACCCAAUUGCAAAUUCAGCUGUGAGGAGAUUACCUUUCAGACAAUUUGCUGAAAGCAGCUUGGAAAUUCUGUGUCGGAGGGUCUGCCACGUUUUCAUGCUUGUGUUUUGGGCUCCAAAUUGGCACUAAGAAUGGGUUAUUGAGAGCACCAGGAUAGUUCCAGGCCCCACGUUGAAACAUUGAUAUACUUGUGAUCCUAGCAUUUCUCUUUAAGUCCCAAACCUCUUUCGAUGAACAGUUUCAUGCUGUGAAUUUCUAGUGGGAUCUCUUUUCCUUGAUAUUGACAAGACUAUUUUCCAUGUACCUUUAAAGAUCAGGGAUUUGGGGACAGAGCAUUUCAAGAGGUGACAUUUUCAUCAUUUCCAGUCUUAACAGUUUGGCUUUAUUUUUUGGGGGGGUUCAGUUUGAUUUUGUUCGUUUGUUUCACUGAAAAAAAAUUAACUACCUGUAAAAUCCAAACAUGGCUGUUAGUGUCACACCAAUUCGGGACACCAAAUGGCUCACACUGGAAGUGUGCAGAGAGUUCCAACGGGGCACUUGCUCUCGAGCCGACACGGAAUGUAAAUUUGCACAUCCAUCGAAAAGCUGCCAAGUUGAAAAUGGACGAGUAAUCGCCUGCUUUGAUUCAUUGAAAGGUCGCUGUUCAAGAGAGAACUGCAAAUAUCUUCACCCACCUCCCCACUUAAAAACCCAGUUGGAAAUAAAUGGCCGCAACAACCUGAUUCAGCAGAAGAAUAUGGCCAUGCUGGCCCAACAGAUGCAACUCGCUAAUGCCAUGAUCCCUGGCACCCCGCUACAACCUGUGCCAAUGUUUUCUGUUGCCCCUAGCCUAGCUACCAAUGCAUCAGCCGCCUUCAAUCCCUACCUGGGACCUGUUUCCCCAGGCUUGGUCCCAGCAGACAUCUUGCCGACUGCACCAAUGCUGGUUACAGGGAAUCCUGCCGUCCCAGUACCUGCUGCAGCAGCUGCCGCUGCACAGAAAUUAAUGAGGACAGACAGACUGGAGGUAUGUCGAGAGUAUCAACGGGGCAAUUGUAACCGAGGAGAAAAUGACUGCCGAUUUGCUCAUCCUGCUGACAGUGCUAUGAUUGAUACCAAUGACAACACUGUCACUGUGUGCAUGGAUUACAUUAAAGGGAGAUGCUCUCGGGAAAAGUGCAAAUAUUUCCACCCUCCUGCCCAUCUACAAGCCAAGAUCAAGGCUGCCCAAUACCAGGUCAACCAGGCUGCGGCUGCCCAGGCUGCAGCUACUGCAGCUGCUAUGACUCAGUCGGCUGUCAAAUCACUGAAGCGACCCCUCGAGGCAACCUUUGACCUGGGAAUCCCUCAAGCUGUUCUCCCCCCAUUACCAAAGAGGCCUGCUCUUGAAAAAACCAACGGUGCCACGGCGGUCUUUAACACUGGUAUUUUCCAAUACCAGCAGGCUCUUGCCAACAUGCAGUUGCAACAGCAUACAGCCUUUCUCCCACCAGGCUCAAUCUUGUGCAUGACACCCGCUACAAGUGUUGUUCCCAUGGUGCACGGUGCUACGCCAGCCACUGUGUCCGCUGCAACAACAUCCGCCACAAGUGUUCCCUUCGCUGCAACAGCCACAGCCAACCAGAUACCCAUAAUAUCUGCCGAACAUCUGACUAGCCACAAGUAUGUUACCCAGAUGUAGAAUUUUCAUCACCAAACAAUCAUACUAAAGAGAAGAGGACAGUGUGCUUGGUUAGAGUAAAGGACAAGGUCAUUAGCCAUAAUGUAUAUACUGUCAAACAACACACCCAGCCAAACCCUCAGCCGUAAAGCAUCCACCCAUUGCAUGUUAUCAAGAUGAAAAGACAACAUGGAAACCCACUGCACACUGUUGCCUAGAUAUUUUGUAUAUUGAAUUGAUAUUUGUGCUGAGGUGAUCUUACUGUCUAAAAGAACAACAUUGUCUCUCUUUUCUAGCACAGAGAGAUGCAUAUGUAUUUUGGUAUGCAUCCACCUAGUUAAUUUCCUACAUACUCAUAUACCAUCUUGAAAAGACAGACUAUGGUGUAACCAUGAUUCUAUCAUGUAUUGGUACGUCUGUAGACCAAGAUAUAAUUUUUUUAAGAAUAAGUUUAUUUCUUUCAAGGUUUACAAAUAACAAAGGUGCACCUUGUAUUUAAAAUUGCCAUUAUAGAUGAAAGUGUGCAUGCACAGUCAUUUUUGUUGAAGAGUAAUAUUUUUAAUGUAAUAGAUUGUAAGAGGUGGUGAGGGAGGGAUCUGACAGAGAUGAAUGUGCCAAGCAAAACCAUAGCUGCAUAUAUUUUAAAGCACAUCAUGGCUUUAAGAACCAUGUUGUUGAAGAUUCUCAUGAAGUGCCAUAGACUGUGCAUCAAAGUAGAGUAUUAUUUCUUCAGUGUUAUUAUUUUCAGAGCCACGUUUUGUUGCUUACUCGCUAAUACCCAUCAGUCAAAGGGCACCAUUCUUUUUUUGAAACCAAAGCUGUCUCAGAAAUGGCCCAUUUAACUUUCCAGUAACCAUAGGCAGCACAAGACAAACUCUCAAAUAAACACAGAAAACUCACACAUACUGGGGAUAUAUAGAGAGAUAGAUAUAUAGAGAUUAUAUAUAUAUAUAAAAUUAUUUUAAUGCAUUGUAGUGUAAUAUUUAUGCAUAUUAUACUGUAUAACAUGAUACUCAAAAAAGGGAAAUGCCAUUUCUGAGACACAAUAACAAGAAAACAAUGUUUGAGGAACUUGUUUUGCUUCUAUUUAUAGCUUCUGUCAAAAGUCAAAAGACUAUAAAUGCUUUGCAAAAAUAGUUUCACUUUGUUUCCAUUCUUCAUUACAGUCACAUUCAAAAUGGUGACUCUAAACAAAGAGGAAGGCAGCAGCACUGUCAUUGGAUGCAUGUUAAACCAAAAUAUAAAAAUGGUAAUGAUUUAAUUAAGUAGUAAUUGGGCGGGUUAAGUACUUGGGUGAAUUUUAUAUGUGAUUUUUUUUCCUUUUUUUUGUUUUUGUUUUUGUUUUUGUUUUCUUUUGAUUAACUGCUUAUAGCCUUAGGAAGCCUUUUACAAAAUUAAAAAAAUAUAUAUAUAGAAAUGUGCAUUCAGUUUUUAAAAAUAGAUUCAUCCAAAGGAAUUCCUUUGUUCUUUCUUUUAUUUUUUGUGGUUUGGAUGUUGCAGCUAGUAGAGGAUAUAUGUCUAUAUCUGUAUAUAUACAGAUAUAGACGUAUAUGUAUAAUUUUUUGCCUGUUCAGCAAUUCUGAGCAUUGCUGAAGUGGGGGCCAGCUCACUAGUAGUGUGGUGUGGAAUGGAAGAAGAGGAGGUUCCGUUAUAGAACCUUCCAUACUUCCACGUUUACGGCAAGUUUUUAUGCUCGAGAGAUAUGCUUUCUAGUAUAAGAAUGAUGUGUUGAUUUUAAUGAUUGUACUGUACAUCUAUUAAAGCCUUAGAUUAUUACAUUACGGGUUGGACCCCAUACCAAUGUAAUUUCAAUCGUGUUAAGAAAGUAUAGGUGACUUCACAUGUUAUUGUAGUUAGUUUCAUUAUAGAAUAUUACUUAUUUUCCUUGUUAAAAUGUAGAUUUUAAUUUCCUACAUUUAUUAAAAUUGUUUUCAUUUUCUAUUAACAAUUGAAUACCAUUUAAGUUUAUAAAAUUUUGUUUUAUUAGAUUUUACUGAUGAAUUUUUUCAAAAUACAAAAAAUUAGUUUUUCUUUUCUUUCAUAACAUACUCAGUUUUGAAUUACAUGUAGUGUCAUAUAAGGAUUCGUAUUAUUGUUAACUAAAUGAUUUAUAUUUUACGGAUUUAAUAUUACAUUGUAAGAAUGUCAGUCAUUGUUAGUUCUUGUCUAGUUUUCAUUAAAAGAACAAAGAUCUUUUAUAUGGAUAUCUUAUAAUUAUAUAAUCAUUGCUAAGUAAGACGUUAAGUUGUUGCUAUGGCAACGAUCCUGGCAGACAAUUGAGUAAUAUUUUGAUGAUUUAUUUUGUUUGUAAUUAGUAAUUAUAAGAAAAUCUAGAUCCUAGAUAUUAGAAUAAAAUUUAUUUUCUACUGUUUCCAUUUCAAAUGUUAAAGUAUUGUUUAAAUAUUUUUUGAAAUCCCUGAAUAUCAGGCCUUGUUAUAAUUAAGCUGCAUAAUCGAUAGAUCAAGGGACUUUUUGUUGAUAAUCCAAAUACUCAAAGUUUACGUAACAAGAAUUUUAGUGUGUGCAAACUCUUGAGGGUUGAUUAUGCUGCAGUUUAGCAUGUUGGAACGUUGAGGAAAGAAGGUGGACCUUUUGCACUUCUGUAUAUAGUCAAAAAAAAAAAAAGAGAGAAACCUGUAUAAUAGUGAGAUCUUAUUUUGAAUAAAAACGUCUAUAAUUACAAGGAGUUUUGUUAAGGCUAAUAAAAAAAAAGACAGGCUGAGCAAAAUUGCUUGCAAAAGUGGCAGAGUUAGCACUCCAAACCCUUCCCAAAAAAGUGGCUUUGCUUUUUGUGGACAGCUUGUAGUUUGCCAGGAUUUUUUCAGUUGGAAAGAUAUGCCAUCCUUCCAAGAUCUCGUGACUGACAACAGCUCCACUGGUCCAAAUAUGCCUGAAGAUCAUUGCCAAAAAAUAGCAGGUACUUAUUUCAACCAUUAAAGUGAAAUCAUGGAUCAGAUAGUCCUUACAUUAUUCAAAACUACUGCAUGUUUAAACUAUCAAAAAAAUAAAGAGAACUAUAUUAAGGAUAUAUACUAUUCAAACCAGUUUCUGACAAUUUCAGUGGUUUAUUGUUCACAAAACAAAAAUCUUCAAAAUGAGUAUUGACUCUCACAAAAUGUUAAAAAUCAUGAACAGGCAAACCAAACAGCACACCGUAGCUACCGUUGUUAUGUGAUUGUUUUUUUAUUGCUAUUAGUGAGCUGUUCUUUUAGCAGGUGAAAAGAAACAAACAAACCUCAAAUUUUACAGUUUUAAUUUUCAAAAUCAGAAGCACUCAAAACAAUGUUGUUAACCACAUUGUGAUUUAAAAGUCACAAACCAAGUGAUAUUUGGCUACAACUUUCGUAUUAUCCAAUAGUUAUACCAAUCGGGUGAUGACGAUGUUGUACUUAUUUGCAACGCUGCAACUUUCAUCUGCUAAAAGGACAGACGUGCUUGAUUUUACUAUUAUGUAAUCACAGAAUUACUUUUGCUUGUAGUCGCUUUGAAUUAUGUAUUCUGUCCUUGCCUGCAAUUUGUUUUUAUGCUUAUUAUUAUUAUUAUUAUUAUUAUUAUUGCAAUAGUUGACUUUGCUGUAUGGAAAAAUAAAGUAAAAAUUGCCCUAAUAAAACUUCUCUUUCUUAAUUA